GGUAUUGGGGUUGGCUUAGAACGGCGUAGUGGAGCUCUGCGGCGCUUAGUACCCAGGUCUUGCGGCUUUGUUGAGCUAUUGUCAUUGUACGCUAAUUUCUGUCUCCCAAGCUUGUACGCCCUUAUGCUGUUUAUGCCUAAGAGCUUGUAGUGAGAAUCACGCGCAGUGGGUGCCAGCUACGAGUGCAACGCUUUAAUCGUGUUGACGGGAAUAGGGCCUAAGAGACAGGCGCGUCCAUGACGGUGAAGACAUGUUUACGCGCUACUGAAGGCACUACUGUUCGUUGAACUGCAGCUGCUGCUUCGUUGCGAUUCUGACUUAAUAUUGUUGCAUUGAUUUCGUGCAGAAAUUCUACCCGACUUCCAGGUGAUUCAGUGAAGUCAUUUCUGACGUUUCCUAGUGUUGCCGCAAGCGUUCGUUCUACAAGCCGGUUUGUGGGUUGCGCGUCCGCUCUCGUCUUUCGAUUGCAAGUCUUCAAGGUACCCAACAAUUUUUCGAGCAAUGGAGUCGCCAACGAAGGCCAGCACGGUCAACGGCACGCUGCAAAAGACCGCUAAGCAUCAGGACAUGAGACUGGAAACCGGCGUCGAAGGUAAUGGCUACGACCGCGCUGAAACGAUUGAAGAUAUCAUAUCGGAGCUGAACGCCACGGCCAAGAAAGACGCACCGCUGUCUGAAGCACCUGCCGACGUAAUGUUGCACGGUGAUGGACAACAAUCCAUUGAUUCUGAGGACCGGUGCGAUCCGACUACUGAUUCGAAGGCUUCUUCAUCCGGCAAUGUAGACGGCGGCAAACGGGACAGCACACCGGCUUCCACACGUGAAGAAGCCAAGUCAGCGGCUGUAUCGACAGACGUUUCGGUCUCAGCAGAAGGUGAGAACAUUGUAGCGUCACACGCAAGUGAAAUUGAUUCAGAGGAUGCCAGAAAAGUAGAAAACGCAUCCAACGGCGAUAGUGAUCAGCCUCUAGAAGGCGAGAAAGCGUCGGAAUGCCUAAACACACUUGAAACUGACGCAAAAGAACAAUCUGUAAAUGAAUGCAAUGACAAAGAGACAACCAAGGCUGUCCCGGAUUUGACGGAGGCAGAUGAUGGUUCAAACGAGGUGAUCACUAGUGAUAUAAAGGUACCAGAUGAGGCUGUAAUGUCACCCCGUAGGACUGCCCGCCAGAGAACGGUCAGUCUGAAGCUGGCAGAAAGCGCCACUAGCAGUCCCAGUCGCAAACGUCGCCAUGGCAGUGAAGGUUCUGAUGCAUCUUCUAUUGAUACACCUCCUUCAAAGCAAGAAUCAAAACAAGGUUGCAUUACAUCAGACAGCGAAGUUGAUGUUCCUCUUGCAAAAAGGAGGUGCAGAAAGUUAAGUGCUGAGGGUGGUGUUACCAAGGCCACAGUGAAAACCAACAGGCUUACUUCAGACAGUGAAGGUGACAGCCCUCUUAAAAAACUGAAGCGCAGUCCCAAACUUGCAAACAGGCUUGCUUCAAGUAAUGGUGACAGCCCCCUUGCAAAAAGAAUGCGCAAUCCCAAACUUGCAAGCAAGGUUACUUCAGAGAGUGAAAGUGACAGCCCACUAAUAAGAAGGAAGGGCAGUGCCAAACUUGCAAAGAAAAUACCUGAGCAUAGUCAAACAAGGAAAGGCGAUGUACAGUCUGUGGAGCCUCCUAGUAGGAAGAAAUCUAAAAAGAACCUAUUGCAAGAAUUCCCGGAAGAUAAAGGAGCAGUGAAAAGUGACAAUGACAGGCCAGAUCUGCAAAGUUCUGAGCAGAACAGCACCAAAAGAGGCAAGCCCACAGACACUAAAAGGGCACAAAACUUGGCAAACAAGGCUAAGAGAAAAGCUGUUCGUGAAGAACAUCCACUGAGCAGCACGCUUGUCAAUCACAGUACACAUGAAGAUCGUGAGGAGUCAUGCGGCGUUUCCAAGCCAAAAAAGGCCAAAGACGAGGCUGGCAGCAGCACUGAGGGCGUUCUGGACAGCAGUGGUGCAGCAUCUGCUAUGGUCGGCAAAAAGAAGAGGCUCGUGAAAUCUAAGGAACUGAAGAAUGACAGCUCUAUCGGUCUGAAUGUCGGAGACAUUGGUGGCAGUGGUGACACUCGUGCAGAUGAGAAAGGGAGCAGUUUUCCUGAACAGAACAGCUUUGCUCAAUCAGCUGGAGCUGUGUCAUCGUGGUCAUCAAGCCAUUUUAAAGCCUCUGAUCAUCAUCUUCAGAAAUCCAUUCAAUUAAGCCUUAAAGACUGGGCGCCAUCUGCCAGACCAUCCUAUUUGACUAUUGAAGUUCCAUCAGUUAAUGCAAGGAGGAUGUGGGGCCCCGGUUUCAGUCGCCAAAGGCCAACCGUUGUAUUUGGUGGAUGUGACCCCCUGAAUACAUACGUAAAUGUAGACGGUGUUCGUGUUCUGCUACUUCAGUGGCAGAAGGUCUCAAAUAUCAUCCCAACCAUUCGCCUUACUGACAUCUUUCAGUGCUUCAAACAUAUGUGAACUAAUUGUUUACUCCACAGUGAAUACCUCCAUGUUGCUUCAUUUAUUUUACCGUGUGUUUUUGUUAUUUGUGCACGGCAUCUGCAUUUCUUAUGGCUUUCUUCUUCUGCACAUCAUCACUGUUGGCAUGACAUUGGUCUGGUCACAACAUUGAAUUACACUGUUGAUAAUUAAGAUUAGGCACAAAUGUUUGGCAGCAUUUCUGUUGUUCCCAUUGGACCUGUGUGUUUUCUCUGUAGUGUUGGAGUAGUGCAUGCUACUAGUCCUCUAUUUGCAAUGUAUUUCGACCACCAUACUCCGCUGUCAACAGUGAUCUUCAUGCUUCUUUUUUUAAAUAAAACAUUGUAAUGGACAUUGUAGCAUCACCGUGUCCUUAGCAUUUAUGGAAAGGGAAAGAAAUAGCCGGAGUUUAAUGCUCCUUUAAUGUAAUUAUCAUUCUUAGAAUACUUCAUGCACUUUCCGUUAGCUAUCUAUCGGUGUCUCUAACUGUUUUCCUGCUAACUUGAAUCACUGGAUAGUCCAUGGUCUAAUGUUUAGAGCAUCAAGUUGCUGUGCUGAGGGAAUUGGGUUCAACAUCAACCAUCGGACCAACUUGGGUCACUGGGUAUGUCUCACUCUUUAGUGACAAAAAAAAUCCCUUAAAAUUUAUCAGGUGCUGGGCGGAAUCGAACCUGGGUCGUUUAUAUUCAGACAAUCUUGCUGAAUAUAUAUUCAGGCACGGACUUCGCGGCGCAACUGGUAGAUGGUGAUGAGAGGGGCCCGGCUGCAUACAUGCCUCAUAUAUGACAUGUUUCGGCAUUGGCAAUCUGGUGUGGUUUAUGUUUCUUCAGUGCUAAUCGCAUUGACAUCAAUGUUCAUCAUUAGAUGGGUUCCGCCAGAAUUUUUUAACAUUAAAUUUGUGAAUGUGUGCAUAACCUAGAUUAUGAUUUUUUCCUGCCACAACUGGUACUGUGCUUAAGCAACAACCGAGCGUGGCAAGCUCUUCUCCUGUUGUGCAUCCAUCUGCUGAAGCCAUUUUUUUUUCAAGUAAAAAAAACCUUCAACCGUACUGUAGCUGUACUGUUAAUGCAUAAAUUAUUUGCAGUAUAAUGCCCAAUGUGAAAAAAAAAAAAAAAAAAAAAAAACGGAAGGUUUUGAUUGUGGGGGCUUUAUAUUUAUAUGCUUGUGCUUUAGUAAAUGUUUACAGAACACAAUAUUUUAAUGCUUGAAGUCAGAGGAACAUUAACUCGGAGUGAGACCAGUAUAGCCCAACUGACAGUUAUAAGCGACAAAUGUCAAAAUCCAAUAUCUACUGUGUUCCUGUGCCUGUUUUUGCAUAGAAUGUCUGCCGGCACAGCAAAUUUUUUUUUUUUUUUU